AUGCGACCUGUUUCGAAUAUUCUACUGCUCUUGCCCUUGCUGGUCAGCUACCCCGUCCGGGCAGCUCAUACACACGGCAAAUAUGACUUUGGACAACAUGCAGAAUACAGGCUCCGCGAGAGACAUGACCAACUACGGUAUUCAACAUAUGUGACACCUUUACCCCUUGUCGGCGACAAGCCAGUUCUGAGAAGAGAGUUGAGAGAUUUCUAUCGGGACAAGGACUCGUGGACGUUGUACAUUCUGGCUCUGAACUGGAUUCAGUAUACGCCACAAGACAGCUUAUUCUCCCACUACCAGCUAGCAGCCAUACAUGGUUCUCCAGGUCUUACUUGGGGCGAUGUUGAUUCCAUUGCUGGCAGUGAGAAUAUUGGCUACUGCACUCAUGUUUCGGUACUGUUCCCAACGUGGCACCGGCCUUAUAUGGCGCUUUACGAGCAAACCCUUUACAACUUGGUCCAGUCCAUUGCGGAAUUGUGGCCGGAGGAUGAGCUGGAACACUGGCGCGAGACUGCUCGGCGAUUCAGAAUUCCUUACUGGGACUGGGGUAGAGUGACCGAGACUGACAAGAACGUUUUCCCGGAUGACAUCGCCGGUCAGCGCGGCAUCACAGCAUAUGGUCCCAAUGGGGACCAAGCAAUCGCGAACCCGCUUUACUCAUACAUCUUCCAGCCCUUCAAUGCAUCAAUCUUUCCAGCGUCUCCAUGGAAUACCUGGACAGAAACGAAACGGGCCCCUCAACCCAUGGUCGAAACGGAUGCCGUCUCAAAUAAUUCGUUCGUUGCACGGUCGUUCGAAUUAAGCGUCGAGACAUACCAGCAGCGACUUUACAACCUCCUGGCGCACUACGACAACUAUUCCGCUUUCAGCAACGAGGGUUGGAUCACAAACUCCGCCAACUUUACCCAAGACUCCAUCGAGUCCUUGCACGAUUCGAUCCACAUCGCAGCAGGCGGCUACUUCGGCCACCUGGCCAUCAUCGGGUUUUCUGCAUUCGACCCUUUUUUCUGGCUACACCAUGUCAACAUGGACCGGAUCAUUGCCAUGUGGCAAGUGCUGAAUCCAGACUCGUUUGUCGUGCGCACACCUGCGGUGUAUGCGACGCACACUUCAAAGGCCGGGGAAAUGCAGGACUCGACCACAGCUCUCACCCCGUUCCGGCAAAACGCCUCCUCGUUCUGGACGUCUGACACGGUACGAGAUCAUGAGGUGUUUGGGUACACAUAUGAAGAAGUCAUGGACAAGGACCGCAACAAGACUGCGACGUGGGUCAACAAAUUAUAUACGGCAUUCAGCCCUGUCUCCAUGCGCUUUGGUGAACUCGGCCAGCUACACGCCGUCGAUGAUGCCGAACCAGCCAGGCUUAAGCUCGGACCGGAGCAGUUGAAGGUUGUAGAGGGAACAGCGGGCGACUUUUCUCGCACAAUGCAUCCAGGUAUUCCCAAAGAACUGGUCUCCUCAGAACAAAAUUUCACCGACUGGCUGGCCAACGUCCGUGCCAACAAGAGGGCGUACGGCUGCUCGUAUACCGUAUAUCUCUUCUGGGAUACGAUACCCAGUGACGUUUCUUCAUGGCCCGUCGCGGUGAACCUGGUUGGCAGUCUCGGCAUUUUUGGCACUUCAGAGGGAGCAGUGGCCGGCAGUUCCCCUCAGCUCGUCUCUGGGGUGAUCCCACUGACUUCAGCCAUUAUGCGAAGGAUGUCACAGGGCCAUAUUGAUAGUUUACGCAAGGCUGAAGUCGACACCCACUUGAAAACCCGGCUGAAGCAUGGAAUCGCAUUGGCCAAUGGCACCAUCGUGACUUAUCACGACUGGCACCAAGUCAGUAUCACGGUCUUCACUUCUACCAUCAGGGCACCAAGAAAGCCAUCCGAGCUGGCGAGAUACAUCCAUGGCGCUGCCAGCUUCACAUUGCCAAAGUCUUGAGGACACUCUUUCUAACACUUUGGGGGACGAGGUCUUGGACAGGGUUGAACUUGAAAAGGGUCGUUCUGGGCCAGAGUGUGCCCUGUGCACAAUGUCACGUUGACCAUUUCUGGAAGGUACAAGAACCUCACACAUUAAUGAAGUUGUUAUCAAUCGUCCACCAUGCACGAGGACUGUAGAGCCAACACAAUGGCACAGAACAUGAUGUCUGAGGGAAGCCGGCAAAUGGGCUAGCCAGGUCAAUACGACACAGCAAUAAUGGCACCCUAUAAUCAGCAGCACGGACCGAUGCGGCGUGCAUUAUUGAAACAGAUUUGACCAUGGAGGGCUACAACGUUCUAGCGCAGCACGACGAAGGAAGUAAGAAGGCAUGCUGCACGGUGCCAAUGACGGCUC